UUCUUAAACUGCAUUGGCCCAUGAGGAUCGAGAAGGGGCAGAAAACAACCAGUGUUUCACCUUGGGACUCCCCAGCUAGGCGGCAUUCGAGCUUGGAACUGUUCCCGAGAUUGAGCCGCCAGAUAGUAGUAAUUAUUGCCAAGAGCAAAGAGGCGAUCAAGAGCCGUUCCCAAAGAUCUCAGUGGGUCCAUGUCCCAUUUCGUGGAAGUUGCGUCUUGAUUAAUUGCGAUAUGGAAUGUACUAGACGCACCCACACACACAUACAUCUGUACGGCGUGAGAGGUGAGCUGCGAGCUAUAAACAGUGACUUCAACAUGUGAUAAGGAUCACUUUCCGUUUCCGACCCAAUCCGACCUGACCCGCGGAGUUAUUCUCAUGACCAGGUACCCAGGGAGAUUGGAAGCGAUUACUACAGGACACUCGCACUGAUAGGCCAUGAUUUCUCACCAAUUCUCAUUCCCUGUAUUGCAGCCUUGCAAUGGUAUGAUGGGAAGUAUUGCCGAGAAAACCUUGGGAAAACGAGCUGUAUUCUACAUGAGAAAUGAAGCCAUGGUCGGACGUAUAACCCGUCACCGCCUCCAAACCUUGGCUUCGAUCUUGGGAGUGUCGAGUAUUGUCAAAAUGGAUCUGGACGAGUGUCACGAUGGUGAUGUCAGAUACAGAGUCAUGGGUGAGGUGCUUGACGCGUGGUGCACCAAGGGCACCUUACGAGGAGUGGAUGCCAAUAAAUUGAGUUCCGCCCUGGAUCAAGCCAGGCUCACUUAUCACGCUCAAGCAAUCAGGGAAAUGAGUGGAAAUGGAUCAGACAAUGGCUUGAUUAAGGCUCCGUUGCCAGCCUCGGCCCGUUCAAUCACCUCCAUCCGAAGCAGUCACACUCUGCCCCCGGCCUCAGCUAAUGGUUAUUCCAACCAUCAUUCCACUGGCAAACGGGGCUCCAAAUUGAAUCGAAUGCUCGACCAAGGUGGCCGAGCAGUUUCUUCCAGUUUGAGCCAUUUGGACCGCAGACGGUCCGAUGGGGGCACUGAAGAAGGGAGCGACACCAGUUCCACUUUCCAUGCCAAGAGUGCACUUCCAGACUUCGGGGAAGAUGACAUUUUUGAUAAGAGUGAAAUCUUGCCUAACGUGAGUGAGGAGGACUACAUGGCAGUCCAACCACCCACCUCACCCACCAAAAGGCCGUUUUUGCGAAGGUCAAGGCCAAGUUACACAGUGAGUGGGAAAAUGAAAAGUCCCAAGAAGAAGAAAAGUCCAAUCGGGGACGACGAAGAACGCAGUGAGAAUGGAAUGAAGUUGCCCGCCAUUUCCUCGGCUUCCAACGAUACAGACGAAAGUGGUCCCUUGGAGACACACAGGAUUGGAAAUGGCGAUAUUCCGAAUCGUGUGCAUCCCAGUCGAAUCAGUGCAAACCGUCGACCUUUGAUCGACACUCCGUCUGCUCUUCGUAGCAGGAGAGAAACUUUCAAGCCCAAAAAUAAGGACCGAGAACUGCAUAAAACAUUCACAGUUGACAAAGACCGAGAAGGCAAUGAGAGAAACCAUACCAACAAGAAGCUUCAGCGAAGCCCACGACGCAGGGUGAAGAGCGAUCCUCGAUCUGCCAGAAAGUCACCAAAUGUUGAACCUUCGGAGACCAUUGCCAAGGUCUUUGAUGACGAAGACGAUUCCUUCAUAGCAGAGCUCCGAAAAUCGAAGAUCCAAAAGAUUCGCAAAGUACGGAAGAAGCCUCUUCGGGAAGCUGAGGAGUCAACAAGUCCUCGGAAAAGAGCCUCCCAAGCCUCUCGAUCCAAAUCCCCCAACACUAUGGGCAACCCAAGGGCCCGAGGAGCAACCCUGAUCAGAGACAAGACUCCACCAAAUAAUGAGGCGUCCUCCAGUCCUCGGAAAUCCAAUCAUCGAUUUCGACAAACCCGGUCGGAGUCACCCACCAAGAGAGCCCCAUUCAGCCCCUCUAAAAGGCACACAAAGCCCAAAAUCACCAUCGAAACCGAUGCAAUCGAGGACGAAACGAAGGAGGCAACCUCUCCGACCAAGAAGUCGCGCCAUGGUGUUGCCAAAUAUGGGAGUUGGAGGGAGUUACAAAAGCUUUCAAAAGAGGUACUGAAGAUUCCUCCCGAGGAUCCAGACACCGUCGAGCAGGACAUUGCCAAUGUGAUCAAAACCGUUGCCUACCUCUCUGAGGCUGAGAAGAGCACCUAUGCCAAAUCUAUCCUCCAAAAGGUUCGCAGUGAGAAGUUCCUCGGGUCUUUAUGUCAAAGGGACAAAGAUUACCUGUACUGUGUUGUGCGGGCAAUGGCCAGUUUUGGCACAGAUAUCGCCUUGCACACCAGGACACAAGUGCUUGUGUAUUAUACCUUGGAACGAAUGCGGAGUUUUUGGAUCAAUGCUAGUGAACCCAUUCCGAGUGCGGAGGAAAUCACCAAACACCAAGAUACCAUGGAUUUCCUGAGGAACGCGGCCAAACUUUGUUACAACGUGUCAAAUACGGAACAAAUAGUCGUGACAGGAGUCAUUGAGAAUGAUCGACGUCAUAAACGAGUUUGGUUGCUCUUCAAGCAGUUCGGGGUUCGGAUCCUUAAAAAGAAUUUGGAGCAACUGGGAAUAGUCAAAUUCCAAAACAGGGGCCCGUUUCUGGCGGAAACGGGAAACUUCCUGGAGACGCAUUUCAUUGAUUCCCUAUUCAUUGACUUCCUGGGUGUUCUCCACACUCAUGCAGCGGAAGAGGACAUCAGCGACUUCUCCAAACAAAAGCUCGUCACCACUAUACCUCUCUUGUGUGGUUUGUCUUCCAAAGAAAAGUCUCCCGACCAAAAGAUUGUGGCACAAAUGCUCGAUGGAAUGACCGGGGUUCGGUCCAAAAGAGAUCCUCUUUUUUACGUCAAGUUCUUAGAGCAUCUCUGGAUGGAAUCCCAACAGACGUUCCUCAACGCCGUGUACGAGGCACGGCUGCGAAAGAUCACUAUCUAUCCACCUCCGGGGGACCGACAGAUUGUAUUGGCAUUGGCGAGGUUAUAUCCUCACGAUGUGAUCCCCUUGGCAUAUUACCUCCACAACAUCGACCACAACCACGUUCAACUUGAGGGCCUGAUGCUCCAAGAUUGCGGGUUGGACGACUCAAGUCUGAAGAUCUUAGGCAAGACUUUGUUCCAAAUUGGCAAAAUACAAAUGACCGGGAACUAUUUCACAAUGAAAGGCAUAUUCGACCUGACCAAGACCAUCAAGGGGCUUGAGAGCAUCAAGAUUCGCAGCCUCGACCUGACCGACUCCAAUAUCGAGGACGAAUGUCUGGGCAAAUUGGGACCACUUCUGCCAGCCUUGGAAGAGCUUGUUUUGUCAGAAAACUUUAUCACGUGGUACGGGAUCCGGAAGAUCACUCAACCUCAUAAGAAAACCAAGCGGCUCCGAAAGCUAGACAUGAGUCGGUGCCAUUUGAAUGAGCACGCGUUUUACGAAAUGAUCCCGUUGACCAUCAAAACGGAAGAGGUCACCCUUGAGGGAAAUGAGUUCACGCCGUUAGAGAUGAAGAUCUUCGCCCGCCAGAUUAGGGAGGCCCAAACUGUUAAAUUGGAGACCCUGAACUUGACCAAUUGUCAAUUGGACGACGAAUGCCUGGCCGAAAUUGCCAAGUUUGCCACCAAGGUAGCCAACCUGAUCCUCCAAGCCAAUGUAUUUUCCCACAUAGGGAUAAAGGCCUUUGUCAAAUACUGCAAGAAGCAUGAGAUGGGCAAUCUCAAGAGUAUCAAUUUGAAAGGGUGUAAAAUGAAGGACUCGGCUCUGGAAGAGCUGGCUCAGAUCCUGCCAAACCUCGAGAGUGCCAUUCUCAGCAGCAACAACUUCUCCAGUGCCACAGGCGUCAAACAGUUGGUCGAAAGCUUGACGAAUGCAGACACAGUCAAUCUGAAGUAUUUGGAACUUCGCCAUUGCAAGCUUCUGGACGGAAGCAAAAGAAUGCUCGGUGAUGUAGCCAAAAAGAAUCGUAUCGAGGUGAAGAUGUUCUAGUUAAUCAAACCCAUGAAUAAAGCAAAUUUCUGAACACACCCACCCGCACACAUACGGUACACU